GGUGGGUGGAUCAGGCAAGCUUUUGUGAGGAAGAAAUAGGAUUGGUCGAAUCAGGUUUCCUGUUAUCCAAAAAUCCACUCACUCAACCACUCAGAGUUCUGGUAAGAAGACUCAGGAGCCAUGCCCAUUGCAGGUCCAAGUAGCAUUAGAAGUUAAAUAGAGACCAUUCAAGACGGAAUCAGCAAUGGAAGGGAAGAAGAAAAUGCAACAACAGAAGACAAGUAUUAAACCUUUCACACCAAGCAGAGGACAAUGAUAUUUUAGAUCUCUAAGGGAUAUUCAAAAUCAUGACAUUGUAGAAGGUCCAAAUAGUUCUGAAUUGGAUGCAAAUAUGAAUUCCUGUUCUGUAAGACCUUAAGUAUGCCCCUGAGAUCAUAUGCUCUUCUUGUCUCACCUCUAUAAAACUUAGGAUGCCAUCAAAAUUGUCACUGGUAAAAUUUGUGACCUGAGGGCAUGGUUUUGCUUCUUGAUGGAUGACAUUUAAUUCAUCUUGUACCUAUUGGAUGUGUAAAGUUUGGACUAUUUGGCACAUACAAAGUCACGAACUUAUGCUGUGAAGGUUGAGCAUUUAAGGUCUUCCAGCUGUUUAAUCAAUUACUGGCUUCUUUGGAUUCCUUGUAUGAAGGAUGCAGCUGUAAGAUUUUCUCAACCAAAUGAACAAUGACCAGUCUGAAAGGUCACAUCAAAUUCACACGAUCUCCAGUUCCACACAAUUUGUGAUGACUGCUUGCAUGAAUUCUGUGAAAAUUUAUUUACCUACACUGAUGUUUUUAACCCCUGAAAAGAUUUUAUGUGAUUAAAAUCUCCUAGUAGUUUUAAGUUAUUGAUCAUUCUCCCCUUAGGAAAAAUUAUGCUUAUAUGGUUGCAUGUUUAAGACACGGCUCUAGUGAAAUCAUGGGAUAGGUUUAGUUCUGCAAUUAACAGAUUCCUUGAGGAUGAGAUGCAUCAUGUUUUACAAGGUUGUGAAGCAACUUUCCUCUUAGGACCAGUUACUUAGGAAACUGAAAUGAUGGUAACUACCCAUUUAAGGCUAGUAAUAAAAAAAUGGAACAACCUAGUGAUAUGCCUAAACUAGGAUAUUCCAAAAAAUAAAUAAAUUUAAACCCCAGGCCAGGACUCGGUUUGAUACUGUUGCAGCACAUGAAAAUGCAAAGAAGUUUGGGUAGGAAUGGAAAAGAGAAUUCAUAUUAUUUAUACAGAACUAAUUUGAAUGAAAUGAAGUGGUGAUUCCAUAUUAAUUACAAUUUGAAUGGAAUGAACAUACCAAAUGGGAAAGGAAUUAAAGGCUGAAGUUGUGUUUCCAUACAUGUUGGUUCUCAUGUGCCAAACAGGGCCUAAGACUUGCUAGCCUAUUUAUAUCACCCAUGAAUCCUUCCCAAACUCUGCCCCUGUCUGCAUAGUGUACUUUGGCUCUGUCUGAAUCACAUGUGUUUCCUCCUUCCCACAUUCCACCUUCUCACUUCUGUCUAAAAGUGAUCAAAAUUUGCCAAAAACAAUUGAAAAAAAGAAAGAAAAAAAAAAGAAGAAAAGAUGAGAGGAAGAUCUUCAAAACAAGUAAAUGAAGUGGGAUUGGAAGUAGAAAAGCUAAAAGAAGAGCCCCAUGUUUCUGGUGCCUAUAUUAGGACCCUUGUGAAACAGCUUACUUCUUCACGAACCAAAGAUCCCUUGAAUUCCAAAGAUGUUGAUGAUUUAGUUGGAGAUGGAGGGAUCUCAUGCCAAACCCGAAAUUCAGCUAAACCUGGCGACUCUUAUAAUAGUGAGACGCAAUUCUCUCAGCCAGUGCCUCAACAACAACAACCUAAGCAUAAAAAGCAAGUCCGGAGAAGACUCCAUACUAGCAGGCCUUAUCAAGAGAGGCUUCUGAAUAUGGCUGAGGCUCGACGAGAGAUUGUGACUGCGCUAAAGUUUCAUAGAGCCGCUAUGAAACAACAAGAAGCAAAUGAACAACAAAAGCAACAACAGUUGGGGAGGGAGUUGUUAGAGACCUCGCAACAAACACCAUUAGAACAAGAAGGGAAGUUAAAAUCUCGGAGAAAUCCAAGAACAUAUGCUUCCAAUCCCACCUCCAACAAUUUUCCAAGUUUCAUGGAUAACUUUUCCUGCUUCCCAAUAUCUUGUCCUCCUCAGUAUCCUUACUCUUACCCAAUUUCUUCAGUUGCUCCACCGCUUCCUCAAGAAAGCCUCAAUUUCCCACUUCCAAACCAAACCUUAGGCUUGAAUCUCAAUUUGCAUGAUUUCAACAAUUUGGACACUACACCUUAUUUUAGCAAUAAUAAUCCUCCAAUUUAUCCAUCAUCUUCAUACUUUCCCAUUGAGGAUAUCCAGUGUACCGGAUUAUCAGGAGUGUGUCCAAUGGUAGACAAGGUGAAUACUGGGUUAAUCAAUGAACCAGAUUCAGGGUUGCAUCCAGUGAUGGAUGACAAGGAAAUGGCUGAGAUGAGGUCCAUUGGGGAGCAGCACCAGAUGGAGUGGAACGACGCAUUGAAUUUCGUCACUUCUGCAUGGUGGUUCAAAUUCUUGAAGACAAUGGAAAUCAGCCCUGGUGAGGAGCAAAAUGGUGAAGAUUAUGGGUGCUAUCCAUUUCAUGAAGUGAUGGAGUUUCCAGCCUGGUUGAACGCAAAUGAAAACUGCUUGAGUGAUGCCUAUUCUGAUGCUUACUUGCAAGAUCCUGGCUUGCCAUGCAUGGACAUUGAGGAAAUUGAAGGAAUGGAUGUGGAGUGGCUUGCCUAAGCUCUGAGAAGAUUGAUUUUGACGGCCCUUUUUUUCCCUUCAUAAUCAAAUCUUAGCCUGCCAAUUUUUGUUUGCCCCUCAGUUUUUUUUUUUCAUAAAUAUUUUUUCUUCUUUUUAAUAAUUUGACAGGCGGUAGAUGAUGAUAAUAAUAAUAAUAGUAAUAAUAAUAUUAUGACAUAAGGAAGAAAUUAUUACUAUGUUGCUUCC